AUGGGCCCCCAGCAGCUGGAGACUUGCCUGGGGCUGCUCAGCCGGGACCCAGCACUGCGCCCCGACCAGCUCCAGGCUGCUCUGAGCCAGGCCAGGGCUGUGCUGGCCUUGGUGGGGUUGUCCUUGGGGGUGUGUGCUGGCCUUGGGGGGCUGCCUGUGUGGGGCUGUGCUGGUGCUGCUCGGUGGUGCUGGGCCAGGGGCUGCCGGCAGCUCGUGGUGCUGCUGGUGCUGCAGCUGUGGGGCAGCACCCGGGUGCUGGAGCCAGCCCAGACCCUAUGCCUGGGCCGGCUGGCCACCCAGCUGGGCGAGCUGGAGCUGCGGGAGCUGCAGCUCCCCGACUGGGGGGCCCUCUCCACCCUGGGGGAGCUGGACGGCUGGUUGCCAGAGCAGAUGCAGGCUGUGGUGUCCGCCUUCCUGCGGCAGCACGGGGCAAGUGCCCGGGACCUGGGGCUGCCCGAGCUGGUGGCGCUGGGGCACUUGCUCUGUGGGCUGCCGGUGGCCGAGCUGCGGGGCCUGGACAGCUGGGAGCUCAGCAAAGCUGCCCCUUUCCUGGGCUCUCUGAGCCUGCGCUGCACAGAGCAGCAGGCAGAGGUGCUGGCUGCACACCUCACCUCCAGUGCUGCUUUUGGCCCGGCUGCUGCCUGGGGACCUGAAAUCUUCACAGAGGCUGGGACAUUGGCAGGUGGUGUUUGGCCCAGCUCAGCUGCGCACCCUCUCCAGUGCCCAGGCCAUGGCUGUCACCCUGAGGCAGCGCCGGUGGCUCGGCAGUGCCCUGUGCAAGGCCCUGGCCAGCGCCCAGCACGAGGGAGAAGCUGCACACGACAGCCAAGGCAGGAGCGGAGCCGGGCCCCAGUCUGACUUCACCUUGGCUCUCCUCCUCUGCCUGCCCUCCUGCCUUCUGCGAGUAUCCCAGUAAUAAACUUGUGAUGGGCACAAGCA